AUGAAACGAUCUUCCCUCCAGUUGUCUUCUCAUGCCCCUACUAGAGCUCGCACACGUGUCUCAAUCAAGACCUCCCAGACUUCUUGGACAGAAGCUGAAGAUAACUUACUUACAAAGCUGAUGGAUGAAGAACCUAACAUUCCACCAGAUGUAUUAGCCAUGAGCUUCCCAGAAAAGACACAACAACAGGUUAUGGAUCGCUGGAAUAAAGUCUUGAAUCCAGAGCUUAUUAAGGGAAGCUGGACUUCCGAGGAAGACGAGAUCAUCACCAAAUGGGUCCAAGAACAUGGCCCUAGAAAUUGGUCUUCCCUUGCUGCUACACUUCCUGGCCGUCUCGGAAAGCAAUGCCGUGAAAGAUGGGUUAAUAACUUAUCCCCCGAUCUUAAUCACCAACCAUGGACAGAAGAAGAGGACAGAAUUUUAAUUGAGCAUCAAAAGAAGUGGGGUAACAAAUGGGCAAAAAUUGCUACAUUACUUCCAGGUCGUACUGAUAACUCUGUAAAGAACAGAUGGAACUCUUCAUUAAAGAGGAAACUGGAAAGAAUAGCUCUUGGCCAAGCCCCAGUACAUAAACGUGGAAGGAAGCCAAAGAGAGCUUCUAAUGCUCCAGAUGUAGCUCCAACAACAGAAUCGAAAGGAGAGAUCAGUAUUUCUGGCGCUCAAACGGAAAUAGUUGUACUAGCUCCGGAAGAACCAGAGAAAGAUGAGCCAAAGAUAAUCGAAAAGGAAGAAAAGAAAGAAAAGGUAUCCCAAUCAGAAAUGCCAAAACCAGACUUAAGCAACGUAGAACUUUCACUUCCAAGCCCUGCUGGAAUACAAACACCUUUACUUUUCUCACCAUUUAUGCAGAUGUCACCGAUACUUAUGAAGGAUAGUCCAUUUUACCCACUUUGGUCACCAGGAAGUAACAGUGACAUGAAAGGUGCUCUUCUCAAAUCACCACUUCCAUUCUCUCUCGAUUCGAACGAUGCUCUUAAUCCAAAACCAACCGAAUUCAAGAUCUAA